CUCAAAUUCAUGGUGAGGCAAGACUAUUGCCAUGGAUGACAAUAUUAUUGAUAAACGUAAAGAAACAAAAUGGUUGAUUGUAUGUUUUGAUUGUGAUUUGUUAUGCCGAAUUUAAAAUGCAUAUGAAGCUUCGUAAAAACUGUGUUAAAUAUGUUGAGAUUGGUUGAUGAAUAAUUUGACAGUGCGUUGUGUUCAAUAUGUGAAAUGAUUCGGACUAGAAAGAUGAUUUUAUCUGUCAAACAUGCUAUUGUUCUAACAUUGUUACUAUUUCUUACUGUCAAAGUACAUACACUUGAGUUUACACAAGAACCUGAGGAUACUAUAGUUCAAAGUGGAAAGCCUGCAAUUCUAAACUGUGCUGCCAAAAAUCCCAGUGCUCCAUCUGCUGGUAUAGAAAUUCGAUGGCGUGGCCCAGAUGGACAAGAUCUUAAUUUUAUUGGAGAGACAUAUAGAUCUCAACUCUCAAAUGGAUCCUUAUAUUUCAACGCAGUUGUAGAUCAUCAGGGCUUAACCGGGAAUUACCAAUGUAUGGCAACAGUGGAACCGAUUGGAACUAUUGUCAGUCAUGCAGCAAAACUUAGUAUUGCCUCCUUUCCAGCUAUUGAGUUACAUCCCAUCGAUCAAUCUGUGCCUGUUGGUCAGACCGCAUUCUUCACUUGCCUUAUUGUACCUGUAGAUAGGAAGAUCAAAUAUACCUAUGUCUGGCUAAAAGAUGAAAGACCAAUCAAGUUGGACAGUGUUCGCAUGACUAUUUUACCUUCAGGUGCUUUAGAAAUUGAUGACAUUGUUCCUUCUGAUAAAGGAUCAUACAGGUGUAAUGUUACUGAUAACAAUCAAUAUAGAUUAAGUCAUAAAGCUAUACUAGAAGUAGAGAGAUAUGAUGAUUCAAUAGCAGCACCGGUAUUCAUUGCCUUGCCUCAAACUCAAAUAGUAAUUGAGGGUGAUAGCACAACUUUUGACUGCGCAGCUAAUGGGAAUCCCAAACCAAGUAUAACUUGGUUAAAAAAUGGAGAGGCUAUUGACCUAAAUGACCUGGAUAGUAGAUUUCGUAUUAUAGGUACUGGUAGUUUACAAAUAUCCAACAUUAGAGAAAGCGAUUCAACAGUAUAUCAAUGUCGUGCACAAAAUAAUGAAGAUUCACUAGAUGCAACUGCCAAUUUAAAUGUUCAGGUUCCACCUAGAUUCACAAUAGUUCCAUCAGAUAAAAUUGCUAUUGAGAAAGAGGACAUAGAACUCGAAUGUGCAAUCUAUGGAAUACCACAACCAAAAGUACAAUGGUUAAAAAAUGGCGAAACUAUAAAACCAAAUGAUUAUAUGCAGAUAGUAAAAGACAACAAUUUAAAAAUUUUGGGAUUGAUGGGCACAGAUGCUGGAAUAUUUCAGUGCAUUGGUACUAAUCCUACAGGGAGUGUUCAAGGAUCAGCUAGACUAAGCAUUUUGGGCCCAAAUGGUCAUACAUAUGGAGACAUUAAUCACACUCCAAUCAUAUCUGGAAAUGAAAAUGGUUUGCCUGGACCUCCAAGAGAUUUGGUAGCUUAUAUUGUUAAGACUAGGUUUGUUACUUUAAAAUGGAGUGAGCCAGAAGAAACAAAUGGAAACAUUCUAGGCUAUUCGGUGUAUUAUAGACUACAAGGAAGUCAAAGAGAACGAGUACUUCCAACAAAAUCAAAAGUUGAAGAAAUGGUGGUUGCUCAUUUACAGCCUGCAAAAGUAUAUAUGUUCAGAGUAGUAGCUAACAAUUCAAGAGGGCCUGGUAUCAGUUCACAGAUUUUGGCAGUAACAACUCAAGCAGAAGAAGAUGUUUCUGGUCCACCAGUUUUUGUUAAAGCCGAACCUUUAAGCCCAACUAAAAUUAAAGUGUCCUGGCAACAACCUACUGUAACCAAUGGAGAUAUAUUAAAAUACAAAGUUUAUUAUAUGGAGGCUGACAGUACAGAGGAAUCUUCUCAAGAUUCAGUUGACUUAACUACAGAACUCGUAAAUUUGUUACCAUAUACUACUUACAAUAUAUACGUAGUAGCAGUCAAUAAUCAUGGUAUUGGAACAUCAUCAAGUGAGCUAACAGUUCGAACUUACAGUGAUAUUCCUACUGAACCUCCUUCCAAUGUGACUUUAGAACCUACAAGCACAUCGAUAACUGUGCAUUGGGAACCCCCUCCAGCUUCUGACCAUAAUGGUAUUAUAACAGGUUAUAAAAUUAAGUACAGAAAAUUUAAUAAGAAGAAGAGUGAAACUUCUUCCACUCCUGCCAAUGUAAGAUUUUAUGUAAUAAAUAAUUUAGACAAGAUGACUGGAUAUCAGAUUAAACUAUGUGCUCUCAAUGUAAAUGGCUCAGGGCCUUAUACUGAAUGGCAUCACGUUGAGACAUAUGAAAACGAUUUAGAUGAAUCUAGUGUUCCUGGUGAACCUAGCCCUUUAAAAGUACGACCAGCAUCAGAUUCAAUAACAGUCUCAUGGAAUCCGCCCAGAGAUCAAUAUAUAAAAGUUCGCAGUUACAUUCUAGGCUGGGGUAAUGGUAUUCCGGAUGUUUUCACACAAGUUCUUGAUGACAAUGCUCGAUAUUAUGUUAUAAAAAAUUUAGAACCUAAUUGCGAAUAUGUUAUAAGCUUAAAGGCAAGAAAUGAGGUUGGUGAUGGUCCACCUGUUUACAGCAAUGUUAGAACUAGGGAAGAAGCCCCAUUAGAAACAUCAAGUCCUUUAGUUCCUCCAGUUGGAUUGAAAGCUGUUGUGCUCUCUAGUAAUGCAGUGGUUGUAUAUUGGACAGAUACCACUUUAAGUAAAAGUCAGUAUGUAACAGAUAAAAGGCAUUACACAGUACGCUUCACUACUACUGGGAGUCCUAAAUACCGUUACCAUAACUCCACUGAACUGAACUUGAUGAUCGAUGACUUAAGGCCUAAUACUCAAUAUGAGUUCACAGUUAAAGUUGUCAAAGGCAAGAGAGAAAGCCCAUGGAGUAUGGAAGUAUUAAACACAACUCAGCAGGCCCCACCUUCUACACCACCCCGAGAUUUAGCAGUAUUAUUGCCCACAAAAGAUAACAAUUAUGUUACUUUGCAAUGGCAACCACCCCGUGUUUCUAAUGGACCUAUUACAGGAUAUGUAAUUUCCUAUUCUCCUGAUAAUUUACGCAAUGAUAGGGAUUGGUUAGCAGAAGCAGUUGUUGGUGACAAGCAUACUAUUGUAUUAAAACAAUUAACUCCAAAUACAAAAUAUUAUUUCAAAGUUAAAGCUAGGAACGAUAAAGGAUAUGGUCCAUUUUCAUCUCCAAUUGCGCACUUUACUGAUCCAAUUGAGGGUGAAUCUACAUUAUCAGGAAACAUAAUUUUAUAUUGCAUUAUUGGAGGUUCUGUAUUUGCAAUUAUUUGCUUAAUUAUUUUCUUGGUUAUAUUCUGUAGAAGAAAUUCAGAUCCUAAUGAAAUGGAACACAAUAAAAGCUAUCAAAAAAAUAAUGCUUCCAAUAUAAAACCUCCUGACCUGUGGAUUCAUCAUGAUCAAAUGGAAUUAAAGGCAUUGGAAAAAGGUCAUUCUAAUAAUUCAGGUUGCAAUGACGGUGCUUCCAGUUCCGGUGCUAUGACCUUGCCAAGAUCUGUGGGUCAUGAAUAUGAUCAAUCUCCUUCAUCUCAUCCACAUAUGAGCAAUUCAUUGGAUAAGAGAACUUAUGUUCCUGGUUUUAUGGUUGCUACUACUCCUGUGACUAGCAGCUCCGAGUCUUCAUCAACAAGGCCUACUUAUCCUAGAACUCAAUACAGUAUAUCAAGAGCUCAUGUCACAUUAGAUCAAAAUAAUGUGCCUAGUUUAUCUCACACAUCCAAUGUACCACAUAUGACUUCAAUGGGACUUGGUAAUGGAGGCUCUUCACUCACUUCGGGGCAAAACAUAUCUUCUGUAGGAUCACUGCCAAAUUCUAUUGAAACUUGUAAAUCCAAUCUACCUCACAAUAAUUCUGCACAAACACCAGAAAAUCCUUACGUUUAUGAUACAGUAACUUCUAAUUAUAGCCAACCACCAGUAACUUCAUCACCAUAUGCACCAGUAGAACCUAAGAGAGCGCAGGGACAUCCAUUAAAAAGUUUCAGUGUUCCGGCACCACCCACAUCAUCAACUCCAAAUACUCCUAACACCAAGCAUAAUGCUUCCCAAGGUAUUAAUCGACCACAAAAUGCAUCACCAUAUAAAAAACCUUUAAUGAUUAAUAGACUGCAAGCAGGACCAUCAGUUUGUCAUUCAUCAGAUGAAGUUCAACGACUGGCUCCGAGCCACUCAACUGAGGAAUUGCAUCAAGAAAUGGCUAAUUUGGAAGGCUUAAUGAAAGACCUAAAUGCAAUCACAGCCAAUGAAUUUGAGUGUUAAAAUUUUAUUUAUUAUGGUACAGUAUUUUAUGCAAAAGACUGUUAAUUUAUGUUAUAUUAUAGUGUCAUACAUAUUGUAAUAUGCUUGUCAUUUAAUUAUUAUAAAU